AUGUCAUGUGUUACUUAUCUGCAGCAGAUAAUGAAUGAGGAAUCCAAACCAUUCAACUGGGAUGACGAGUGUUCUCCUGAAAGAGAUUCGCCGCCCAUGCCGACUAUACCGCCUCCACCGCCGCCACUUGUGACAGAAGAGGAAGGCAUGAGUUGGCUGGUGAUGAAGUGGAUAGCUGCCCCAAUACCAAAUGAUGAUGAGGAACCAUACGCGCUCGCGCUCUUCGACUAUUUUACUGACCAUCCUGAUGAUUUGUCGUUUACGGCCAAAGCCAAGAUCAAGUUGAUACGACGCGUGGACCACGAAUGGUUAUAUGGCAGCCUGAGGAACGGUCCAGGGUUAUUCCCGUCGAACUACGUAGAGAUUAAGAUACCACUUCCAAACGAAUCGAUGCCAGCGCCGCCUCUGCUGGGCACAGCCGUCGCGCUGUACGACUUCGAGCCCGACCCCGGGGACCUUCGCUUCCUCACCGGCGACACGAUACUGGUGCGAUACAAACUCAACGACGAAUGGUACUUCGGCGAGUGCAACGGUGCCAAGGGACAGUUUCCCGUUAACUACGUCAAAAUGGGAUAGUCAGCAUGGUAUCCCGACCAUGGUUGAGGUAUAUUUGUGAUAAAACUAAAGGAAGACUGACGUCGACCAUAUCACGAUGCCACUAUUUUAUAAACAGCUUUACAUCUAGCUUUUAAAUGAUGGCAAGAAUUAGUCUACUUGCUGGAAUUGAUAUUUUUUGCUACACGAUAAGGUGGCGAUGUGGAACUCUUCCGAAAAACAGGUGUUUGUAAUCUUCCCUAAACAAAGUCUGUCGAGCCAUUGAUUAUGUACAAUUAUUGAAUGAUGUGCGUCCAUGAUUAGGCGCUAAUG